AUGGACCGGGAGGACUUCCUAAUCAAUGAAAUUGUGUUCUACAAUACAGUGGACAGCCAUGUCAAGGAAAUUGAAAAAUUUCAAGGUUCUGAUGGAAAAAAGGAAGACGAAGAAAAGAAAUAUCUUGAUGUCAUCAGCAACAAAAACAUAAAGCUCUCAGAAAGAGUAUUGAUUCCUGUCAAACAGUAUCCAAAGUUCAAUUUUGUGGGGAAAUUGCUUGGACCAAGAGGAAACUCCUUGAAGAGGCUACAGGAAGAAACAGGUGCUAAAAUGUCUAUCCUGGGCAAAGGAUCAAUGAGAGAUAAAGCAAAGGAAGAAGAACUAAGGAAGAGUGGGGAAGCCAAAUAUGCCCACUUGAGUGAUGAACUUCAUGUAUUAAUUGAAGUGUUCGCUCCACCUGGGGAAGCUUAUUCACGUAUGAGUCAUGCAUUGGAAGAGAUUAAAAAAUUCCUAGUUCCCGACUACAAUGAUGAAAUUCGUCAGGAACAACUCCGUGAAUUAUCUUACUUAAACGGCUCAGAGGACUCUGGCCGUGGCAGAGGUAUUAGAGGCAGAGGGAUCAGAAUAGCCCCUACAGCUCCUUCAAGGGGCCGUGGGGGUGCCAUUCCUCCUCCGCCGCCACCUGGACGAGGUGUCCUCACCCCUCGAGGGACCACUGUGACCCGUGGAGCUCUUCCAGUGCCCCCUGUAGCAAGAGGCGUCCCUACCCCUCGAGCCCGGGGGACAUCAACAGUGCCAGGAUACAGAGCACCCCCUCCUCCAGCCCAUGAGGCUUAUGAAGAAUAUGGGUAUGAUGAUGGCUAUGGGGGUGAAUAUGAUGAGCAGACCUAUGAGGCCUAUGAUAACAGCUAUGCGACCCAAACACAAAGUGUUCCUGAAUACUAUGACUACGGUCAUGGAGUAAGUGAGGAUGCCUAUGACAGCUACGCACCAGAAGAAUGGACCACGACCCGCUCCAGCUUGAAGGCGCCACCACCAAGGUCAGCCAGAGGGGGUUACAGGGAACACCCCUACGGUAGAUAUUGAAGGUCCUCCUCACCCGACCUCACCUCAAAGACAAUUCAUAGCCUGUGGUCUCCACAAAAACAGCAACAAGACAAGUAAUAGUCCUUUUUGUUUGUUUGUUUUUUUCUAUUUUAGGGAUAACUGCUCAUGAAUACUCCCACCCAUAUAUUUCUUGUAUUUCCCUCUAUACUGUUGGCGUGGCAUUUACACUAAUAUUAUUUUACAAAAUGGACUGAAAGAGACAUU